CUCCGAUUAUAACUCCAUGAGCACAUUUACUUUCCCUCUCUCUUUCUCUCGCGGUUUCUCUCUUGAAUGUUAUUUUCCUUUAUUUUCCUGGAAAAUUCAGGCCUAAGGCCUGAGCGCAGACAACUGUGUCAGAGGUGAACCAGAUAACCAUUCAUUGCGUACAGAUACAGAGAAAGAAAGACGGAAGGAGAGAGAGUGUGGCAUUGAGAUUUGCGACGAGCGAGAGAGAGAGAGAGAAGAUCUCGAGCAGAUCAGGGUGAUUUAAAGCAGAGGCGGCGAGAAUUUAUUGAUAUGAUAUGAGAGCUUUUUAGAGUGAGAGAACGUCUUUCUGUAACGCCAAUCUCACCCUUCUCCACUACCCUUCUCUUUCUUUCCUCCUUUCAUCCCAUUUGGCCAUUUCUCUCUGAAGCCGUAUCAUAUUUCCAUACUCUGACACAAUUGCUCUUUCCCUCCAAACAAGGCUGAUUUUAUUUUUUCCCAAGUGUAAUUAUUACUUCUCUCUAAUUUUUUCUUGCAUCUACUUGAGUUUCUUUUUUUUUUUUUUUCAGAAAUCUACUUGAAUUUUUACUCUUUCGACUAUUGCUACUCUCUCUCUGUCUCUGGUUUCGGGUGAGGGCUUCAUCAUUGUUCUCUCUGGCUAACGUAUUAUUCAAGGGUUGAAAUCGUUGGGAACAGCGCGAGAUUCGAGGUGUUUGUGUAAAGGCAAAGGUUGUCGUUGUCCAAUGUAAUGUUAUGGUCUGCUGCUAGUAUGUUUCAUUACAGAGCGACAGAUAGAAAUCUCCCCUUAGAACCCGCCAUUUCUGGUCUGAGUUUCCAGAUUGUGCCUGGUUUUGGAGAAAAGUCUCCAAAUUUGUCAUCUUAGAAACAGAGGGAAUUGGUGCUGUGGUGCGUAUGGGCAGUUUCAGACAAUACGGUGGCUUUGUCUGUGUACUUAUGUGAAGGUUCUCUCGUGGUUUUUAGCUAUUAGUAGGGGUAAUUUGGGGAUAGGAAAAAAUGAAGUUUAUGAAGUUAGGAUCGAAGCCUGAUGUGUUUCGAGCUGAAGGCAAAUCCGUCAGGUAUGUGUCAUCCGAGCUGGCUACUGAUGUCACCAUAAAUGUUGGUGAAGUUAAGUUUUACCUCCACAAGUUCCCUCUCUUGUCAAAAAGUAACCGCUUGCAAAAACUAGUGUUGAAAGCCACUCAGGAGAAUUCUGAUGAAAUUACAAUGCUUGAUUUUCCUGGUGGGCCAAAGGCCUUUGAAAUUUGUGCUAAGUUCUGCUAUGGAAUGACUGUUACUCUCAAUGCUUACAAUGUAGUAGCUGCUCGUUGUGCAGCUGAGUACCUUGAGAUGGCUGAGGAUAUUGAUCGAGGUAACCUUAUUUUCAAAAUUGAGGUAUUUCUGAACUCUAGUAUUUUCCGAAGCUGGAAGGAUUCCAUUAUUGUUCUUCAAACCACCAAAUCUCUUGUGCCUUGGUCUGAAGAUCUGAAGAUUGUGGGAAGGUGCAUAGAUUCCAUUGCAUCUAAAACAUCUGUGGAUCCAGCAAACAUUACUUGGUCAUACACAUAUAAUAGGAAGUUAUCAGUGUGUGAUAAAAUAGUUGAAGAUGGUAUGAAGGUACGAGAGAAAAUUGAAUCUGUUCCAGGGGAUUGGUGGGUGGAAGAUAUUUGUGAACUGGAUAUUGAUGUCUACAAGCGAGUCAUGAUUGCUGUUAAAUCAAAGGGAAGAAUGGACAGUAAAAUUAUUGGGGAGGCACUGAAUACUUAUGCAGCCAGAUGGUUGCCAGAUAGCUUUGAUGAUUUGGUUUCUUAUGGUUGUACUUGGAAGUACAAAUAUAUGGUGGAAACACUGGUUUAUUUAUUGCCUUCAGACAAGGGUGUCGGUUGUCCAUGUGGUUUCUUGCUGAAAUUGUUGAAAAUUGCCAUAUUUGUCGGAGUGGAUGAUUCAUGUAGGGAAGAUUUGGUGGAGAGAAUCAGUUUAAAGUUGCAUGAGGCCUCUGUUAAGGACUUGCUGAUCCCAGCACGGUCCCCCCAAACCACAUCAUAUGAUGUGGAAUUAGUACAAUGCCUUGUGAAUCGUUGUAUGACAAACGAAAAGUAUAGUCAGGAUUUGAGUGUUGAGAAGAACGAUGAGACCAAUGAUUUUGUUUUGCUGCACAGGCAUGGAUACAGGUUGAGUGUUGGAAAAAUAAUUGAUGGGUAUCUUUCAGAAAUUGCACGUGACCCAAAUCUCACCCUCGCCAGUUUCGUUGACUUGUCACAAUCUAUUCCCGAGUCUGCUAGACCAACUCAUGAUGGACUGUACAAAGCCAUUGACACCUAUCUGAAGGAGCACCCCAUUUUGACAAAGGCUGAAAGAAAGAAGGUAUGUGCUCUAAUGGACGUAAAAAAACUGACAACGGAUGCAUCCAUGCAUGCUGCGCAGAAUGAGCGGCUCCCACUUCGUGUUGUGGUCCAAGUUUUAUUUUUUGAGCAGGUUAGAUUCAGUGCUGGUGUUCAAGCUCCUAACGGCAAUGCCCGUGAUGCGUCAAAUUUAACGACAAACACAGAUGAAGAAUGGGAGAAGACAGCAGCAGAUGAUAACAAAUGUGUCAAGAAACAGAUGAGUCAACUGAAGAUAAAAGACGAAGAAUUCCAGAAAAAUGGAAAAAUGAUGAAGAAAAACAGCAAGAACAGCAAAAGUGGCACACAGUUGUUGCCUUCUAGAUCAAGGAGAAUAUUUGACAAGUUAUGGGUCAUGGGGAAAGGGCAAGGAGAGAACAGAAGCUCAGAGACAUCAGGGAGUUCACAGAGCCCAACUUCAAUGGUUCCGGGGGACGCCAAGUCCUCUGGUUCAUCUUCAAGACAAAGGAGACACUCCAUCUCCUAAAAGAAGAAUUCAAACUUCAUCAGAAGUAAACAAGCAAAUGAAAACUAAAAUCUGUUUCGAGUGUAAAAAGUGGCAGGAUUUCCUUUUAGUUGAUCAUGAUGGGUUUUUCUCGUCCUAUCCGGAAAAAUGUAAUAAAUUUUUUUCCCUUUUUCUUGGUUUUUGGGUGGGGGCUGGCUUUUAGUGUAUCAAUAUUAUGUAUGUCUAUAUGAAUCCCGUAGAUUAUCCAAGAAAUAUUGAAAUAUUGUUCAGUUA